ACAACUUGUCUAUGGUUACUUGAUUGUCACUGGAUUGGAAGAGGUUCCAAAAAAUUUCGAAAAAUUAACUAGAAAAUGGCGAAAAGGAUAUCUCAGAGCGCCGUGAACUGGGCCGCUUUGGCUGAGAGAGUGCCGGCGCAGCAAAAGGGCAAUCUUGCCACUUUCAAAGUCAAGUCCGAUGGGUACCUCCGCAGGGUGCUAGCCAACCCUGAUGCACCACCAAAGAUUGACUGGGCAGCAUACAAGAGGGCUGUUCCCAUCGCUGGCAUGGUGGAUAACUUCCAGAAGCAAUAUGAAGCCCUGAAGGUGCCAUACCCGGCUGACACCCUGACUGCCAAGGUGGAGGCGCAGUCGGUGGAAGUGAAAAAGGCUAUUGAGGCUUUUGUUCAGGAGUCUAAUGCUAAUAUUGCUAAGUAUCAGAAAGAAAUUGAAGACGUCAAGGCGACCCUACCUUACGAUCAAAUGACCAUGGAGGACUUCCGUGACGCCCAUCCAGAGCUUGCCAUUGACUCCAUCAACAAGCCUACCUUCUGGCCCCACAACGCUGAAGAACAGCUGGACUAUGUCGACCCAGAGAAACAAAACGCGCCAGCACAUUAAAAAUCACUUCAAUGUCUAUGAAAUUGUGUAACAAGACAUAUUUAUUGUUAUGAAACAUCUUGCAGAACUAAUGAAUGUUUUAUGUAAUUUAUCAUGUAGGAAUAAAUUAAAAGGUUUCAA